GAAAUCAUGCAAAACCAAAGCUUGGUAGUUGACUUUGUCCUUCUAGGACUUUCACAGGAUCCAAAUAUUCAGAAAAUGGUAUUUAUUGUAUUUUUGUUUGUGUACAUCGCAACCAUCGGGGGCAACAUGCUAAUUGUGGUGACCAUCCUCAGCAGCCCUGCCCUGCUGGGUUCCCCCAUGUACUUCUUCUUGGCCUUCCUGUCCUUCCUGGAUGCGUGCUUCUCCUCUGUUAUCACCCCAAAGAUGAUUGCAGACUCCCUCUCUGAGAGGAAAACCAUCUCUUUUCAAGGCUGCAUGGUCCAAAUCUUUGCUGAACACUUCUUCGCUGGGGCAGAAGUGAUUGUCCUCACAGUCAUGGCCUAUGACCGUUACGUGGCCAUUUGCAAGCCCUUGCACUACUCUUCUAUCAUGAACUGGAGGCUCUGUGGCAUUCUGAUGGGAGUAGCCUUGACAGGGGGCUUCUUGCAUUCUAUGAUCCAAAUUCUCUUUACUUUUCAGUUGCCCUUCUGCGGCCCCAAUGUCAUAGAUCACAUCAUGUGUGACUUGUACCCAUUACUGAAGCUUGCGUGCAUGGACACUCAUAUCUUUCACCUUUUGGUGAUUGCCAACAGCGGGUUUAUCUGCAUCAUAAUCUUCACCUUGUUGCUUAUCUCCUAUGGUGUCAUUUUGCUCUCACUGAGGACCCAUAGUUCUGAAGGGCGGCAGAAAGCUCUCUCCACCUGUGGAUCUCACAUUGCUGUUGUGGUUUUGUUCUUUGUCCCGUGCAUAUUUAUGUACUUCAGACCUCCAUCGGCUUUCUUUUUUGAUAAAAUUGUGGCAAUAUUUUGUACUGCCUUAACUCCCUUGCUUAAUCCUUUGAUUUAUACCUUCAGAAAUAAGGACAUGAAAAACGCCAUGAGAAAAGUAUGGAACAGAUUGAUGGUGGUUUAUGAUGAAAAAUAA